AUGACUAAUUUAUCAUCACUUGAGGAUUUGAUACGGGCCCAAGAUGAAAUCGAUGAUCUAUGGCAUUCAAUUAACAAAUCUCCAUCGGAUCCGUUGUAUUAUUGGAUAUCGUAUGCAACAUUUACAUUCGCUGUUCUAGGUUCCUUAAGUAACCUUACUUCUGUUAUUGUCCUUUUAAGACUAAGUACGCAUUUGGCAACCUUUGUGUAUUUAACUAGUUUAGCAAUAUCGGAUAUGAUAACAUGUUUAUCCAUAAUGAUUGCUCAACUUCUGGAAUUUAUUCUUCAAACUCGUCGAAGCACAUCUGUUGCUAUUUCGCUUCGUCAAAUCGAAAUUCUCUGUGGAGCGUUAGCUGCCGGUGGUCGAGUUUUGUCAUUUUGGAUAUCGACAGCUGUAACAAUGGAUCGCUGGUUACUUAUUUGUUACCCGGUGUAUGGAAAAACCUUUUGUACAUUGAAACGCGCACGAAUCGUGUCUCGAACCUUGUUUAUCAUUGCAUUUCUCUACACAGUUCCAUUAUUCUUCGAAUAUGAAAUCGUACAAAUCCCGAAUGCUUAUCAGAUAAUUCAUCUUGAUAACAAUGAAACAGCGAUGUCAAUUGAUGAAGAUUCGUCGAAGAAUAGUAUGCUCGUCACGAAAGGGUAUUCGGAUUUGGCUCUCCGCAAAUCUUAUCGUUGGUUUUAUAUGUUUUUCAAUGUGAUUUUUGUUUAUACGGUACCGACCUUAACAAUCGUUUUUUUUAAUUUACAAUUAAUCCGUGCUUUACGUCGUUUGAAAUCACGUUCGAAACGUCUCCGUCAAAAGAGCUAUUCGAGUAAUUCGGAGUUUUCUACAACUUCUCAUUCACGUCAUUAUAAUCAUCAUCAUCAUCAUCGUCGUCGAUAUUUCCACCAUUCGAAGUACUCCAUUACGGUCAUGGUCAUCAUCAUGGUCUUAGGUUUACUAUUAUGUCGCAGUCCAACUGUCGUUCUUUGGGUUUUAUGGUCGUUUGAAUUAACAAUAAAGAUCUUUUUCGAUGCCACGUCAAGUUCAGGUGUUCGACGUUUUCACACGAUUGCAAAUCUGAUCGCGAUUAUUAAUGCAGCGACGAAUUUCAUCCCAUUUUGUGUCUUUGGACAACUGUUUCGGGCGGAAUGUUUAACACUUUACUGUUGUCGAAAGCCAACAAGUGAACAACUGGCUCGACAAGCGAAACAAAAAUACGAAGAAAAAUGUCAGUAUUUAAAGCGAAAUUCUCGAACUAAAUUGGUUCUACAUGAACCAUUGACAAUGCAAUCCGGACGCGAUUAUCUUCGUACAAUCUCUUCAUUAAAUUCGGACUCGCUUAGUGGACGAACAUCACCUUCAUCAAAUGAUCAAAACCAUUCGACGAAUAUUUUGAGACUGUCUGAUCCGCCGGUCAAUUCUAACACAAACAAUGUUCAACAUCAAGUAAAACUUUCACUUAAUACAACGCCGUUGUUUAAUGAAACGAUUGGUCUUUGA